CGUCCAGGCGCGAGCGACUUCAGGGCCUUCGUGGGCGGAGUCCCAGGCCUCCUCCCGCCGGCGGCGGCCGCGAGCUUGAGCCUCUCCCUCGGUGGCCAUGGACUCCAAGGGGCUGCAGACACUCAUUAAUUACUAUUGUCAAGAGCGGUAUUUCCAUCAUGUGUCACUUGUGGCCAGUGAAGGAAUGAAGAGGUAUGGCAGUGAGCCAGUCUUCAGGUUUUAUCAUGCCUAUGGUACAUUAAUGGAAGGUAAAAUUCAAGAAGCUCUUCGUGAAUUUGAGGCUAUUAAAAAUAAACAAGAUGUGUCACUUUGUUCACUGAUUGCACUGAUAUAUGCCCAUAAAAUGAGUCCUAGUCCAGAUAGAGAAGCUAUUCUGGAAUCAGAUGCCAGGGUGAAGGAGCAGCGUAAAGGAGCUGAUCAGAAAGCUUUAUACCACGCAGGCUUGUUUUUAUGGCACAUCGGCCGUCAUGAUAAGGCCAGAGAAUACAUUGAAAGAAUGAUAAAGAUGCCCAAUAGUAGCAACGAGGGACAAAUUCUGAAAGCAUGGCUUGAUAUUACAAGAGGAAAAGAACCUUACGCUAAAAAAGCACUAAAAUGCUUUGAAGAGGGAUUACAGGAUGGAAAGGAUAUUUUUGCUCUGCUGGGUAAGGUGCAGUGCCUUGAGAUGCGCCAGAAUUAUUCAGGUGCUCUGGAGACUGUGAACCAGAUAAUCGUGAGCUUUCCAAGCUUCCUUCCUGCUUUUAUAAAGAGGAUGAAACUACAACUAGCCUUGCAGGAUUGGGACCAGAUGGUUGAGACAGCACAAAGAUUGCUCCUUCAAGAUAAUCAAAAUGUGGAAGCACUGAGAAUGCUGGCAGUUUACUAUCUGUGUAGGGAGGGGAAUAUAGAGAAAGCUACCACCAAGCUGGAGAACUUAGGAAAUGCAUUGGAUGUCAUGGAACCACAGAAUGCUCAACUUUUUUAUAAGAUUACGAAAGUCUUCAGCAGAACUUGUGGACGUAAUGAGCUUAUUCUUCAGAAAGUUCAAACAUUGCUAGAAAAAGCUUUUAGCUUAAACCCUCAGUCAUCAGAAUUUGCUGCAGAAAUUGGAUACCAAAUGAUUUUACAAGGGAAAAUUAAAGAGGCAUUGACGUGGUAUCAGACUGCCAUGACACUGGAUAACACUAGCAUCUCCGCACUCACUGGAUUCAUCCGAUGUCAGUUAAUGGAUGGGCAGUUACAGGAAGCAGAUCAGCAGCUAGAAUUCCUCAGUGAAGUUCAGCAGUCCAUGGAGAAGUCUGCGGAAUUAAUCUAUUUAAAUGCAGUUCUUGCUGUGAAGAAAAAUAAACGUUCAGAAGAAGUUAUACACUUAUUAAAUGAUGUAUUAGACACUCAUUUUUUACAUUUAGAAGAUUUACCCCUUGGCAUACAGUAUUUUGAGGCUCUAAAUCCUGAUUUCUUACUAGAAAUUGUGGCAGAGUAUCUGAAUUUCUGUCCAAUGAUGCCUGCAAGUCCUGGGCAACCACUUGCUCCAUUCCUUGUACGAUGUACAUGGGUCCUAGAGACCGUAGUGAGAACCGUACCAGGUCUUCUCCAAGCUGUCUUCCUAAUAGCAAAAGCGAAGUAUUUGUCAGGUAAUAUUGAAGCAGCAUUUAAUAACCUGCAGCAUUGCCUGGAUCACAAUCCCUCUUAUGCAGAUGCCCAUCUCCUGAUGGCUCAGGUUUAUUUGUCUCAAGAAAAAUUCAAAUUGUGUUCUCAGUCUCUUGAACUUUGCCUGAGCUAUAAUUUUAAUGUGAGAGAAUACCCUUUAUAUCAUUUGAUAAAAGCUCAGGCACAAAAGAAAAUGGGAGAAGUAACAGAAGCAAUUAAGACUCUGCAUAUGGCAAUGAAUUUACCAGGAAUGAGGAGAACCGGAGCAUCUUCAAAAUCAAAGUACAGAAAAUCUGAAGUUGACGCAAGCCAUCGUUUAUCAGUCUUCCUUGAAUUGGUGGAGGUUCACCGCUUAAAUGGAGAGCAGCACGAGGCAGCAAAGGUUUUACAAGAUGCCAUCCAUGAGUUUUCUGGAACAUCUGAGGAAUUACGAGUUACUAUCGCUAAUGCUGACCUUGCGCUGGCCCAAGGAGACGUAGAGCGGGCUUUAAGCAUUCUUCGGAAUGUUACGGCUGAGCAGCCUUAUUUCAUAGAGGCAAAAGAAAAAAUGGCAGACAUUUAUCUGAAGCAUAGAAAAGAGAAAAUGUUAUAUAUCACUUGUUACAGAGAAAUUGCGGAAAGAAUGCCCAGCCCUCGGUCUUUUCUUCUCCUCGGUGAUGCGUACAUGAAUAUUCAAGAGCCUGAAGAAGCUAUCAUAGCAUAUGAACGGGCAUUAAAUUUGAACCCAAAAGAUGGAACGCUAGCAAGCAAAAUUGGGAAAGCAUUGGUCAAAACUCACAACUACUCAAAGGCAAUCACUUAUUAUGAAGCUGCUCUGAAAAAUGGACAACAGAAUUACCUUUGCUAUGACCUGGCUGAGCUUUUAUUAAAAUUGAAAUUGUAUGAAAAAGCAGAAAAAGUUCUUCAACAUGCACUAGCUCAUGAACCUGUAAAUGAACCGUCAGCUCUCAUGGAGGAUGGUCAUUCUCAAGUUCUACUGGCAAAAGUUUACAGUAAAAUGGAAAGACCUGGAAAUGCAGUCACUUCAUUACAGCAGGCUCGAGAAUUACAAGCUCGGGUACUAAAACGUGUUCAGAUGGAACAGCCGGAUGCAGUUCCUGCACAAAAACAUUUAGCAGCUGAAAUUUGUGCAGAGAUUGCAAAACAUUCUGUUGCUCAGCAAGACUAUGAAAAGGCGAUUAUGUUUUAUAGAGAGGCUCUGGUUCAUUGUGAAACAGAUAAUAAGAUAAUGUUGGAACUGGCACGAUUAUACCUGGCCCAAGGUGACCCAGAUGCCUGCCUGCGGCACUGUAUGAUGCUUCUGCAGAGUGACCAGGAUAACGAGGCUGCUACCAUGAUGAUGGCUGAUAUUAUGUUCCGAAAACAGGACUAUGAACAAGCUGUGUUUCAUUUACAACAACUUUUAGAACGCAAACCAGAUAAUUAUAUGACUUUAUCUCGUUUGAUUGAUCUCCUAAGAAGAUGUGGAAAAUUUGACGAUGUUCCAAGAUUUUUCGUAAUGGCUGAGAAGCAUAAUUCCAGAGCAAAACUAGAGCCAGGAUUUCAGUACUGUAAAGGACUAUAUCUUUGGUACACUGGAGAGCCAAAUGAUGCCCUUCGACAUUUUAAUAAAGCUCGGAAAGACAGUGAAUGGGGCCAAAACGCCCUUUACAAUAUGAUAGAAAUCUGUUUGAAUCCAGACAAUGAAACUGUCGGAGGUGAAGUGUUUGAAAACCUGGAUGGAGACCUGGGUAAUUCAACUGAGAAGCAAGAGUCUGUGCAAUUAGCAGUGAGAACUGCAGAAAAACUCCUUAAAGAACUGAAACCUCAGACUGUUCAGGGCCAUGUACAGCUUCGCAUCAUGGAAAACUAUUGUUUAAUGGCUACGAAACAAAAACCUAACGUUGAGCAAGCGUUGAGUACCUUCACCGAAGUAGCAAAAUCUGAGAAUGAUCAUAUCCCAGCACUCUUGGGAAUGGCAACAGCUUAUAUGAUCUUGAAACAGACACCAAAAGCUAGAAAUCAGCUGAAACGGAUUGCAAAAAUGAAUUGGAAUGCUAUUGAUGCAGAGGAGUUUGAGAAGAGUUGGCUCCUACUUGCUGAUAUCUAUAUUCAGUCAGCAAAAUAUGACAUGGCAGAAGACCUACUAAGACAAUGCCUGCGUCAUAAUAGAUCCUGCUGCAAAGCUUAUGAAUAUAUGGGCUACAUCAUGGAGAAAGAGCAAGCGUAUUCAGACGCUGCCUCAAACUAUGAGAUGGCGUGGAAGUAUGGCAACCAGGCAAAUCCCGCUGUAGGAUACAGACUGGCAUUUAAUUACUUAAAAGCCAAAAGAUAUGUGGAUGCAAUCGACAUAUGUCACCAGGUUCUUGAAACACAUCCAACUUACCCCAAAAUCAGAAAGGAUAUACUUGAUAAGGCCCGUGCAUCUUUAAAACCUUAAAUAUAAUGAUUUUAAUCUACUUUAUUGGCUAAGCAGGAAAUAAAAGGACUCAACAUUGAGUACUUCCAGUUCAAGAUAGGUUUGAGCAAAUGCUUUGUAUUAGAGCAUAUUUCUCUCUCUCCAGCAGAGGCUGCUGCUGUAUAUGGAAAGACACUAUGUUAAAUUGAUGUUUUCUAAUAGAGAAGUUAAAAGAAAACUAGUCUUUUUGAUUAGGUGCAAAUUUAGUAGUUCUGUGGUAAAACUAUCUCAUUUUUAUAAAGAACAUUUUUGUUAAAAUCCAAGUAAUAUAUUUUCUUUAAAGAAUAUUAAUCAUUUAUUAUGUAUAUUUACAAUGCAUUUUUCUGUGUUUUUUGUUAGACUCCAGUGGUAUUGAUUUGGUAUUAAGUUAUAAAAAGAAACAGUAUUAUUUUGAAUAUGUAUUUUAAUAAAGAUUUCAUAAAUA